GAAAAAUCGCACGUUAGUAACAUCACAAGAAAGCAUGAAAAUGAAAUCGUCAGAAAAGAAACAAGUUUUAUUGGAAAUAAAACAGAAAACAAAUAAUUGCCUCAAUAGUAGAAAGCACGCAAAUGAUUUGAUUGACAUUAUCUCAAAAGUUCAGGAUGAUGAAGAAUCCAUUGUACUUGCCAGUAUACGCAGUGUGCACAAAUUGUUUUCACAUUACCUGGAAGUGAGUGAGAUGUGCAUGGAACAGACAGCUUCGGAAGAGUUAUCAAAAGAAGACAAGUACAAACUAUGGUUAAGAGAUAGAUACAAAGAUGCUGUAGAGAGCUUGAUAGAAAUGUUGUUGCAUUUGAACACUAGUGUCCAGGAGCUUGCACUGUCAGUUCUAAUGAAAUUGGUAACACAGGAAUCAAAGCAUCCAUUGAUGGGAAAAGAUGUGAAGGGUCCUUUCCCCCUUAAUCUUUUUAAGAAUAUGCUCAAAACACUGUUGUCAUCAGAAGUCAACAAUGAGGCGUUGUUGAACAGAUUCCAGGAGUAUUACGAGUUUGAUGACAUCCGAUACUACACAAUGAAACAUGUUCUAUCAGAAUGUCAACAAAAACCAAAACAGGACAUUGCAGAAAUUUGGCUCGGAAAUGUGUUUGCAAUACUUGAAAACUUGUUGGUGCCUUCUGUGAGUAAGGAUCAGGAUCUAAAAAAAUUCUUGUGCCAGAAAUCAGUGGAAAACCACAAAAUAACUUCAGUAGUAGAACAUCGGAGACUGUAUUCAUGUUCAUGGGUGGAAUUUCUUAAGUUUAAGUUGACAGCUACAUUGUACAGGAAAGUGUUGGUGAUUAUCCAUGAGAAAGUCAUGCCUAAUAUAGCAUCACCUCUAGUCUUAAGUGACUUCCUCAUUGAGUCAUAUGAUAUAGGCGGGGCAAUAAGUUUAUUAGCACUUAGUGGCUUGUUUGAGUUGAUUCAGAAACACAACUUACAUUACCCAGAUUUUUAUGAGAAGUUGUAUGUACUUUUUGAACCAACUAUAUUCCAUGUGAAGUACAAGGCCAGGUUCUUCUAUCUUGCAGAUCUAUUCUUGUCGUCCACGCAUUUACCAUCAUAUCUUGUUGCUGCCUUUGCUAAACGUCUGGCGAGAAUCUCACUAGUGGCGCCACCUUCAGGUCUCCUUGUGUCGGUACCAUUUAUAUUUAACCUGAUCAUCAGACAUCCUAACUGCAAGUCACUCAUACACAGACCUGAUAUGGAAAUGGAUUUUGAUGAUGACCCAUAUGAUCAUUUGGAGAAAGAUCCUGCAAAAUGUAAAGCAACAGAGUCCUGUCUGUGGGAACUUAAGACAUUACAGCAUCACUAUCAUCCAGAUAUAAUCAAGCUUUCCAAGAAGAUUUAUGAUGGGGAUAUACCAGAUAUGGUGCUUGAUCUCUCUGAUAAAUUUGAGCUCUCUGCCAAUGAUUUGUUUGAGAAGGAAUGCAGCAAAAAGUUGAAGACUACAGCGGUUACCUUUGAACCUCCUAAAGGAUUACUGGGAACAAAAGAUGAUAAAAUUGGGCUAUGUUGGACUUUAUAAAAUAUUAUUGAGCAAUAAAGUUAAGAUUUUU